AUGCUGGACCGAUGCACUGUUACCAAACGUCGGACGGGAUGGAUGGCACAAGGAGAGGAGCCAUCCGUUCUCAACUUGCUCGAGUCCGACUCCGGGUUCGGGGUAUACAAGUGCACCGCCUCCCCCGUGGCUGACACGCGCUCUAUCCGGGUGGAGAGGCCCGGGACAGCCGGUAGAUCGGGGCCCCGCCCAUGCGACGAGAAAUCCGGCCCUGCUGUCGGGCAAGUGCACCCCGACUCUCGACCUCCGACCAUGCCAUCCAAGAUCCCGAUCGUCAAGAAACGUACCAAGCCGUUCAUUCGGCAUCAAUCCGACCGAUAUGCAUCGGUCAAGCAGGCAUGGCGCAAACCCAAAGGUAUCGACAACCGAGUCCGACGACGUUUCAAAGGUCAACUACCCAUGCCAUCGAUCGGAUACGGUUCCAACAAGAAGACCCGACACCUGAUGCCCAACGGCUACAAAAAAUUUGUUGUCAACAACCCCGGAGAAGUCGAUCUGCUCUUGAUGCACAACACCACCUUCGCUGCUGAGAUCGCCCACAACGUCUCGGCCCGCAAGCGAAUCGAAAUCAUCGAGAAGGCUCGGAUUCUUGGCGUCAAGGUCACCAACGCUGCCGCCAAACUGAGAUCGGAAGAGUGA